CGGAAAGUAGAUGCUUUCUGGGCGGGAACGAUUAUUAUUUGGCAGGUAGACCUGGAAAGCCAAACCGGAGCAUCUGGGAUUACAUCGGUCAAUUCGACGACAGCAGAGGGACUCUUCAGCAGCGAACAGCGCGCUUUCAGCGCGCCAGACACAUAGGAACCAUGGAGGCUGGGGAACGUUGGCAUACAGUCAGGCAUAAGAUCGGGAUACCGGUGAAAGGCGGCUUGCCGAGGAUGAAUCCCGGGCGACGGGCUCUCGACGAGACCCUUCCUACCGAAGUACUGCCUACCGAAGUCAUUGCUCCCACGGAGAUCUCCAUGAGCCUCGAGUCGACAAUUGUGGUUGCCCCAACUUCGACAACAAGCUCAACGAGUACCAUCCACAGCGUAACUGUGACCCCGACAACGGCGAUUGCGUCAAAACCAACAGUAACCGCGGAUCCAAGCGACAAUGACGGCGAAGGAAUGAGCGUAGCGACCAAGGCCGGCAUCGUGAUCGGUGCGCUCGGCGGCGUUUUGGUUGUGUUCGUGCUAGUGUACCUGGUCAUCAGCGCGCGAAGAAAGAAGAUGGAGAGGCGUAGACAGCAGAUCGAGGACGACGAGAAGAUCAACGGACCGUUCGCCGACAGCGCCGCCAUCCCACCGCCACCCCCGAGCAAGGCCCCGAGACUUAGCCUACGGCCCAUGAGCAAGUUGCUUCCCGGCCUCAACGGCCCAUCCCACGCCGAGCGGAGAGACAGCCGUGGCAUCGCCCUGACGCUCAACCCGGUCUCCAGCACGUCCCUUUCGCCCCUGAACCGACCUCCGGGGACCAGCGCGUGGGAGCGCCCCACGCAGCGUUCGGCCAUAACCACCCCCAACGGCGGUGACAAUUACCGCCCCGGCACGAGCGGGAGCCUGCACCCCAACAACCCGUUCCACGACAACCAGCGCAUCCCCGACGAGCCGGUCAGCCCCAUCAGCUCGGUGAGCGCGUACAGCCACCGCGGCGUUGGUGUCGCCACCACAACUGACUCGAUUCCCGAACCUGUCUCCCCCAUCGGCGGCGACGACGACGACCAUGGACUCGGCUUCGAGUCAAGCAACGGCCCCGCCGGGUCUCACCUGACCCGAAACACCUCAGUCCGCAAGGACAUCCCCAAACCGCUCGACCUGACGAAACCACCAUCCCCGCUGUAUGCCGUGCCGCCCAGUCCGUCAGGCACAGAGUACUCGAUGCAUUCUAUAUCGCCAGGGCAGUUCCCGGUCCCUACUCCCAGCGCAGCAGCCAUUGCCGCCGCCGGCGGGCCCUCCCAUUCGACUGUGCACCGCGUGCAGCUCGACUUUGAGCCAACCCUAGAAGACGAGAUGGAGUUGCGAGCGGGCCAACUCGUUCGCCUGCUACACGAGUAUGAUGACGGAUGGGCAUUGUGUAUCCGCAUGGACCGCUCCGAACAAGGCGUCGUCCCCCGAACCUGCCUCUCCACGCGCCCGCUGAAGCCACGACCUGCGCAGGGGGGGAAUGGGCGGACCGGGCCACCCGUGAUUCCGUCGUUCCCCACUGCGGGUGGCGGUGGUGGGAGGGACGGAAGGGGCCCAAGUCCGUCCGGAUUCCGAGGCGACGGCGCGGCGAGUCCUGCGCCUGGGCAGGCUUAUUAGUCUUGUCAUGAUUGAGACACCGCGGCCGUGCGGGAUGUGUGAUGAGAGAGAAGGUGGUCUUCUGAACUGAACUACACUGCACUGAAGGGCGGUAGGGAUUGCAGAAGGAGAUUGGUGGGGAAAAGGGAGGU